UGACAAUGUACGACAUCUCCAGCCACGCCUCGACGGCAUUCCAGCUCAUGGGAUCCGGCGGCGGCGGCCACUGCCACGGCGCGCUGAGCGCCAUGGAGAGGGUGGAGCGCAUGGUGUCGGAGAACGCGGUGGUGAUCUUCAGCAUGAGCAGCUGCUGCAUGUGUCACGUCGUCAAGAGCCUGCUGUGCAGCCUGGGCGUGAACCCCACCGUGUACGAGAUGGACGAGGAGAGCGAUGGCGGCGACAUGGAGGAGGCCCUGGCCCGGAUAAUGGGCGACUCGCAGGUCGUGCCCACCGUCUUCAUCGGCGGCAAGCUCAUCGGGGGCCUUGAUCAGGUGAUGGCGGCGCACAUCUCCGGCUCGCUCGUGCCUCAGCUCAAGGAGGCCGGGGCGCUCUGGUUAUGAGCGAGAUAGGAGCGAGAGGAGGAUCAUCCAUCGGCGAUCGAUCAUGGAGAGUCGGAAGUGGUUUCUAGUUUGCUCCAAUCUUUCUAGUUUCCUUUACCUUCCUCUCUCUCUCUCUGUCUCUCUCUCUUUCGAGUCACGGAUCUAGAGCGCCACGCAGCGAGAGAAUUUAAGCAUCGUAGCUUCUUUGUUUUGUUUCUAAAUUCCCUAGAGGUUCUUUCAGUAUAAGAAAAGUUGUCUCUUUUCCCUUCGUU